AUGAAGUCUUUUUCUCUCUUGUCACCUAUUCUUUUUCUCUUUAUCUUAACUUUAAUAUGCUUUGGUCCUAACAAAAUUGUGGCAAUGACAUUAGGAAACCAAACUGAUUAUUUAGCAUUGCUCCAAUUCAAAAAAUCAAUAACCAGUGAUCCAUAUUCAACUCUUGAAUCUUGGAAUUCUUCCAUCCACUUCUGUAAAUGGCGUGGAAUCACAUGCAGCCCCAUGCAUCAAAGAGUUAUUGAGUUGAACUUGAAAGGAUAUGAGUUGCAUGGAUCUUUAUCUCCUCAUGUUGGAAAUCUCACUUUUCUGAUAUCUCUCAACCUUCGAAACAACAGCUUCUUUGGAGAAAUUCCACAGGAGUUGGGUCAGUUGCUACAAUUGCAACAACUUUCUCUCACCAAUAACUCAUUUGUAGGUGAAAUUCCUACAAACCUGACAUUUUGCUCCAAUCUCACCAGCUUGUAUUUGGAUAAUAACAAACUCAUUGGGAAUCUUUCAAGCUUGACGCGAUUUUCGUGUGGUUCUAACAACAUACAAGGAAAUAUUCCACAAGAAAUAUGUCACCUCAAAAACUUGUCACUUUUAUUUUUGGGCCAGAACGAAUUUUCCGGUACCAUUCCUUCUUGUUUUUACAACAUUUCAUCACUUACUAACCUUGCCAUGCCAAUGAAUAGGAUUCAUGGCUCUCUUCCACUCAACAUGUUCAACACCCUCCCCCAUCUCCAAGAAUUAUAUAUUGGUGCAAAUCAGUUUUCUGGUCCAAUUGUUAAUUCCAUAAUAAAUGCUACUAGUAUUACAACGUUAAGUUUAGAGGAUAAUCAUUUUGUAGGACAAGUUCCAAGUCUAGCAAGGUUAAGAGGUUUACAAUAUCUGAAUUUGGAAGAUAACAAUUUAGGUAACAAUUCAACAAAGGAUUUGGAGUUUCUAAAAUCUUUGACAAACUCUAGUAAAUUGUAUGGGAUAUCAAUUGCCAAUAAUAAUUUUGGAGGCAUUCUGCCAAAUUCUAUAGGCAAUUUAUCCACCGAGCUUAAACUACUAUUUCUUGGGGGUAAUAUGAUAUCAGGACAAAUUCCUCCCGAGAUAGGAUAUCUAGUUAGCUUAAUUCUCUUGGCCAUGGAACAAAACCAAUUGGAAGGAAAUAUUCCAACUACUUUUGGAAAUUUACAAAAUAUGCAGGUGUUAGCUUUGAAUGAAAACAAGCUGUCAGGAGAUAUACCAUCCUCUAUAGGUAAUCUUAGUCAAUUGUAUAAAUUGGAUUUACAUCUUAAUAUGUUUGAAGGAAAUAUUCCUCCAAGCAUAGGUAAUUGUCAAAAGUUACAAAGUCUAGACCUUUCACAAAAUAAGCUUAGAGGAACCAUACCAUUAGAAAUUUUCAAUCUUGUUUCUUUAACAAACUUAUUGGACUUAUCACAUAACUCUUUCAGUGGUAGCUUACCAAGAGAAGUCCGUAUGCUAAAAAAUAUUGGUUUGCUAAAUUUCUCUUAUAAUCAUUUGUCGGGGGAGAUUCCGAUAUCUAUUAGUGAAUGCGCAAUCUUAGAAUACCUUGAUUUGCAAGGGAACUCCUUCAACGGAACGAUACCACCCUCUUUGGCUUCUCUCAAAGGUCUUCAAUAUUUAGACCUUUCAAUCAAUCAAUUGUCUGGUUCAAUUCCUGGUGUUAUACAAAACAUUGUUGGUUUAAAACACUUUAAUGUUUCUUUUAAUAUGUUGGAAGGUGAGGUACCAACAGAAGGUGUUUUUGAAAAUUCAGCCCAAAUAGAAAUGAUUGGAAAUAAAAAGCUUUGUGGAGGUAUUUCACAGCUGCAUCUACCAGCAUGCCCCACCAAGGAUAGAAAACACAAAAAACACCAUAAGUUCUGGUUGAUUGCAAUGAUAGUUAGUGUGCUUUGUUUUCUUCUCAUACUUUCAACUUCUAUAACUAGCUACUGGAUGAGGAAAAGAAACCAAAAACGAUCUUUUGAUUCACCAACAAUUGAUCAACUAAAUAAGGUGUCAUACCAAGACUUACAUCGAGGAACUGAUGGAUUCUCAAUUACAAACUUGAUUGGAUCAGGAAGUUUUGGUUCCGUAUACAAAGGAAAUCUUAUGACAGAAGACAAUUUUGUUGCCAUAAAGGUCCUGAAUCUCCAGAAGAAGGGAGCUCAUAAGAGUUUUAUUCUUGAAUGCAAUGCACUCAAAAAUAUUAGACACCGAAAUUUAGUUAAGAUUAUAACAUGUUGUUCAAGUUCAGAUUAUAAAGGUCAAGACUUCAAAGCUCUAGUUUUUGAUUACAUGAAAAAUGGAAGCUUAGAACAAUGGUUGCAUUCUGAGAUUUCAAAUCUAGAGAAUCAAACAUCAUUGGACCUCACUCAUAGAGUCAACAUCAUUACCGACGUUGCUUCAGCAUUACAUUAUCUUCAUCAGGAUUGUGAACAGUUGAUCCUUCAUUGUGAUCUAAAGCCAAGUAAUGUACUUCUUGAUGAUGACAUGGUUGCUCAUGUGAGUGAUUUUGGCAUAGCAAGACUUGUCUCAGUCAUUGACGAUACUUCUCAUAAGAAAACCAGUACAAUUGGAAUAAAAGGGACUGUUGGCUAUGCUCCUCCAGAGUAUGGAAUGGGCUCUGAAGUGUCUACAUGUGGUGACAUGUAUAGCUUUGGAAUCUUAAUGUUGGAAAUGGUUACUGGUAGAAGACCCACAAAUAAAGUUUUUGAAGAUGGUCAAAAUCUGCAUAACUUUGUCGCAAAUUCGUUUCCUGACAAUCUUAUAAACAUUUUGGACCCGAGUCUUGUAUCAAGAGAUGCAGAAGUAGAAAUACAAGAUGGAAAUCGUAAGAAUUUUAUUCCAAAUGUUGAGGAGUGCCUAGUUUCACUUUUUAGAAUUGGACUUAGUUGUUCAAUGGAACAACCAAAGGAACGGAUGAAUAUUGUGGAUGUCACCAGAGAGCUUAACAUAAUUAGAAAAACUUUUCUAGCAGGUGUUCGAGCUCAUAAUUAG